AUGUUAAAUACAAAUAUUGACUUUAUUGAAAUAAAUGACAUUGUACACCUUGAUUUAAAAUGUGUCUGUAAACUGUAUGAUAGACUAAGCAUUUGCAUUCAUCUUUUGGAAAAAUGCUAUGGUUUGCAGAUUUUCUUAUCGAUCUGGUUAAUGUUCACAAGUGGAGUGGUUGGCGUGACAGUGAUCGUGACCAAUCAGGCUACUCUAAAAUGGUUAGUGAUCAUUAAAAGCAUUCUGCCUUUCUACUGGUGUUUCCUUGGAUGCUAUAUUGACGACCAAAUGAACAAAGAAGUUGAUCGAACUAUUACUAUGAUUGUUAAGUGUCUCAUAGACUUCAAAUGCGUGCAGUCAAAAAAGGCAAUUUUGGAAACGUUCAAGGAGCUAGUCAGUAACGACCGUCUUCAGUUCACCGCUUGCAGCUUAUUUAAAUUGAGCUAUUCGAUGUUACUUGGAACCAUGCUUAACGUUAUAACGUACAGCAUAAUUUUAAUACAGAUGAUUUAGAAUAAUAUAAUAGGAAAAUGUAGUAACUUCGGCUUUGCAUAAGUUAAAUAAAAAUCCAACCCACUUUUCAGAAGCGGAAUAAAUUUCGUUUUUUGUCGUCGCCGUCACUCUAAUGAACA